UCACCGGCGCGCAUAAAAACAACAGGGGAAUUUCCAAAUUCCACUGUAUUUCCGGCCAGUGCUGCCUCAUCGACAGUAGCAGCACUCAGUGUUCCAUAUUACUACUGCAAACGGACUAGAGCUCCGUAACACCACAUCGACUUCUGUCUAGCCGGAGCUAAUUGGGAAUUUUAAUCAUGCAGAAUACAAGAACAUGAACGUGUUGAACGUCUGGCUGGAAGUGAUUAAAAGCAGCAUCGUCUUUCUACGGUUUAGGAACGAAUGGACAACGGGGUUGCUUCCCUGGACUUGAAUAACACGGUUCAAAACACAUUAACUACGCCAGCAAGUGGAGCGGCUCUAAAACCGGAACAUUUGAUUGAAAUUGUCGCAGCAAUUGAGACAUUCCUCAUCUUCCUUGUCGGACUUUUGGUAUUUCUAUUCGGCAACGGCAUAGUUAAAUGCAAGAAAAAAACUCCAACUGGAGGUCAAACACAGACUACGGAUAGCACAUACAGUGCUGUAACGAUGGACCAACCAAACGAAGGCGCCCAGCAGCCACAAUCAGUCGAGACUGACCAGCCGGAUGGAGUACCAUCCCUUGGGGCUCCCCAAGCAGCGGGUGGCGGUUCGGCAGAUUCUCGCCGAGUAGCCAGCACCAGCGAUACCAGCAAAUCCUCACCAAAUUCCCAAGGUUCAGCAAGCCACAGCGCCGUGGGAAAUUUGGUCAAGGAGUUGGAAAUUGACGGAGAAAAUUGCCCAUUUCUUGGGAAGGUUCAACAUAGCAAGUUCCGGUUCGAAUCAGAUGGAGCACAGGAAAUGGCCCAAGGAAACGAGGCCGAUUCGACAAGAGAACAGGGACCCUCACGUACAGAACCGCCCAAUGCAUCUGGCCUUCGGAAGAGCGCAGGACCGGGAGGCGGUGAUGCAAGAGGGGCCAGCCGUGGAACAGCAGGAGUGACAAUUGGCCGCAUGAAAGUAAGCGGGGUCAAUUGUCCCGUCAUGACAGAGGUGAAGAAUUCCGAGUUUACUUUUACUUCUAGUUCACGAAAAAAAUAGAUGUCUUACGAACACGACAUGCAUUCAAUAUUCCAAACGUGUAGCUCGAAUGACUGAAGAAUUUAGAACACUUGCAGUAAAGAUAAAAUAUUAAAAUACAGAAAAACAACGAUUGAGGGUGAAAUUACAAACGAGAUUCUUUCAUCUCUUUAAAACUGUUUUUUUGUAAAGUAGGAACCAACUCAACCACCUGUACGUCUUUCUUGACGUGCUUAACUUUAUAUGAAGUAUUAGAAAUUUGUUGAUCAUCUAUUCAUGUUUAGAAAUUCAGCUCUUUCGUACGGCAGUGCAUGACACCAUCGUUCACAAAUGAAGACGGGGGAAGAUGUAGAUCUUGGCACAGAGCCAAAACAAAAAGGCUUCUGUGACAUGCAGGAUCCGACGAAAGAUCCUAUGAAAGUUUGGAUCGAGGAGCGGUCGAAAGACGAGCGUUCCUUUUCAAACUUCCACUUUUCAUGCAGACAUUCAGUUUAAGGUAAAAGUAGCAUCCAAUCUAAUGCAGUCUAAUCUGCUGGUUCGUUCCGUUGUUUGGUUCUCGUCGCAAUUUAGUGUCGCAAAAAUGUAGUUAAUGUACGCGUAGUUUUGUGUGAACUUAUGGCUCUAGCCAAAUUUAUAUUUUAUUCGUUUUUCUAUAAAGCAUAAAAUCUACUGACCAAGUUUUUGCUGUAAAUAUCGGUGCUUCAUUCCAUUUGAAUAAAAGAUAUCUUUUUAUUAUCUGCACGUUAAAAGUAUGGAUGAUAAUCACUAUCAAAAUGGCAACUUUGAGGUUUAUUGGAUUUCUUUUAAACAGUGAACCUUUGAAUUUCAAACUGCACAUUUUCUUAAAAUCGUGUAUUCCCAUAUUUUCUCUGUCCAUGUAUUACGCAAUAAGUAUAUGAAAUUGUAACCAUUAAUGAUUAAAAACCUAUUUUACACAGGUAGCGUUUUUUGAAUUGAAAAAUUAAAAUUUUAAAUUUGUAAAA